GUGUGCGUCUCAUAACAGUCAACGUGCACUGAACUGGAGACGUGAGCUUAUUGUUUUGGUGUUUAUUUUAUUCUGUAUUACAUUUUUAUUCGAAAUUGAUCGCGCCAUAUACAAACAAGAUGAGCGUGACGAUGCCACAGAAACGUUAUUACCGCCAAAGGGCUCAUUCAAAUCCAAUGGCAGACCAUACAUUCGUGUAUCCAGUGUGUCCAGAGGAAAUGGACUGGUCAGAGGUCUACCCAGAGAUGUGCAGCCCACCUGAUGAAUGUCAUGACGACGAACCAGUGCAGCGGAAGGCAAAAGUAGAGUUUGCUGACAUUGGCUGCGGAUACGGAGGGCUACUUGUUGAGUUAUCGCCUCUCUUCCCUGAUACGGUGAUAUUGGGUCUGGAGAUCCGUGUGAAGGUGUCAGAUUAUGUCAAGGACCGCAUUAAAUCCCUCCGUGCUGCAGAGCCCGGCCGCUACCAGAACAUCGCUUGUCUCCGUAGCAAUGCCAUGAAGUACCUGCCCAACUUUUUCAACAAAGGUCAGCUCAGCAAGCUGUUCUUCCUCUUCCCCGACCCUCACUUCAAGAGAACCAAACACAAGUGGCGGAUCAUCAGUCCCACGCUGCUGGCUGAGUACGCCUACACUCUCCGCAUUGGGGGUUUGGUGUACACCAACACAGAUGUUGAAGAGGUGCAUCUAUGGAUGGUGAAGCACUUCACAGAACACCCUCUGUUCACACGAGUCCCCGAGGAAGAGCUGGUUGAUGACGUCAUCGUCGCUCGCCUGGGCACAUGCACGGAAGAGGGGAAAAAAGUACAGCGCAACGGAGGAAAGAACUUUCUUGCAGUGUUCCGUCGAGUGGAUGAUCAGUGUUAAAAAUGAAACAUUCCACAGCCUGACAUCCCCUCUCUGAUCCAGAGUGAACAUUUUCAACAGCAAAUGGACCAUCACCUGCCCGCCACACUGGUCAGCAGGUUACAGGUGUAUGACUGAAACGUUGGUGUCCCACUUUUGGCAUUACAGAGGAGACCACCAACCUGAUAAGCAGCUCGUUAGCUGCCGAUCUCCGCUGGAAGAAUGUGAGACUUUUUUUCUGUUUCAAAUAUCUAAGGAGACUUAUUUGCUGGGUUUUUAUUUGCUGUUUCAAUAAAAGUUCUGUUCUGCAGGCAAAGAAUCUGCUUUUAGACAAAAA